UACAACUCCCGUCAUGCCCCACCGACGACGGCCAGGUCCCUCACAGGAAACCGGCCCCUAGCCCGGCGCCCCUAACCUCUGCUCACCUCCCACCCCUCUUUAAUAGUUGCCCAGCGAGCCUCUUGCCUUUUCCCCAGGAGCUUUACCGCCCCAGGUGCCAGAGCAAGGCUGGAACUCCCAAAGAGGCGUGGCUUCGAGACCGGAAGAAGCUUUUGUUGCCAAGGAAACGUCGCAGCCCAGGCGUGGAUGCUCGGCCUGAGCUGAUUUGUCAUAUUUGAGUCACAUUAUGGGAUUGCUAGACAGACUCUCAGGCUUGCUUGGCCUGAAGAAGAAGGAGGUUCAUGUUUUGUGCCUUGGUCUAGAUAAUAGUGGCAAAACAACAAUCAUCAACAAACUUAAACCUUCAAAUGCUCAAUCUCAAGAUAUAGUUCCAACAAUAGGAUUCAACAUAGAGAAAUUCAAAUCAUCCAGUUUAUCUUUUACAGUGUUUGACAUGUCAGGUCAAGGAAGGUACAGAAAUCUCUGGGAACACUAUUAUAAAGAAGGACAAGCCAUUAUUUUUGUCAUUGAUAGUAGUGAUAAACUAAGAAUGGUUGUGGCCAAAGAAGAACUAGAUACUCUCCUGAAUCAUCCAGAUAUUAAACAUCGUCGAAUUCCAAUCUUAUUCUUUGCAAACAAAAUGGAUCUUAGAGAUGCAGUGACAUCUGUAAAAGUGUCUCAGUUGCUGUGUUUAGAGAACAUAAAAGAUAAACCAUGGCAUAUUUGUGCUAGUGAUGCCAUAAAAGGAGAAGGAUUGCAAGAAGGUGUAGACUGGCUUCAAGAUCAGAUCCAGGCUGUGAAGACGUGAAACAAUAGUAUUUGGAAACCUCAAAAAUUCUGACUUCAAGGAAUAUUAUAAGGCUAACUGAAUACUUUAAUUUUUUUUUAAUGUGUGUGCAUCCAAGAAUAUUUUGUAAUGUUCUGCUUGCAUUUAUGGACUCUGAAUGAGCUUUGUAAGAACAUAGAACUUCAGGUAUGCUAAUGUGACCAUUAAUUAUAUGGAAACUAAAUCUUCUCUCAAAAGGACUAUUGAAUUACCAACUUCUUGUUAAAGAUGUAUAUUUUAUUAUAAUUAGGAUGUUUAAGAGUCAGAGUUAUAAGCCAUCUCAAUAUUUCAUCAUGAUUUAUGAUAUAGUACAUUUUAUCUUUGAAUUUUCUUCAGAAUUGUGCAUACGAAAAAGAUUUUAAAUAUUUAUAAGGGACUUGGUAAUUAAUAUAU